GAAAAAUGUAAAGUUUAAAAUUUCGCCUUAAAUAUUUUAUUAUAGAGCAAAUAUUAUGUUUAAGAAUACAUUUCAGAGUGGAUUUCUAUCAAUACUCUAUAGUGUAGGCAGCAAGCCUCUACAAAUAUGGGAUAAAAAGGUACGGAAUGGUCAUAUCAAGAGAAUUACAGAUAAUGAUAUCCAGUCAUUAGUUCUGGAAAUAGUGGGUAACAAUGUUAGCACUGCAUACAUUACCUGCCCAGCAGAUCCGAGAAAAACACUAGGAAUCAAACUGCCUUUCCUGGUUCUUAUUGUGAAAAACUUGAAGAAGUAUUUUACUUUUGAAGUUCAGGUGGUGGAUGAUAAAAAUGUUCGCCGAAGGUUCCGUGCGAGUAAUUAUCAAAGCACUACUCGUGUAAAGCCUUUCAUUUGUACCAUGCCACUACGACUAGAUGAUGGGUGGAAUCAAAUUCAGUUCAAUUUGGCAGAUUUCACCAGAAGAGCCUAUGGAACCAAUUACGUUGAGACGUUGCGAGUGCAGAUUCAUGCGAACUGCAGAGUGAGAAGAGUCUAUUUUUCAGAUCGCCUGUAUUCUGAAGAUGAACUGCCUGCAGAGUUCAAAUUGAGUUCAAACUGCUUUGGAACUGUUCUGCAUCUUAUGAAUCAAUAA